AAACAAAUCUGGACAACAAUGAAAGAAGCAACAAAGUAUGCAGUUGUGACUGGAGCUAACAAAGGGAUUGGAUUUGAGGUAGUAAGGCAGUUAGCUUCAAAUGGCAGCAGCACCAUCAAAGUGGUGCUAACAGCUAGAGAUGAGAAAAGAGGCAUUGAAGCUGUUGACAAACUCAUCAAAGAAUUUGGUCUCUCUGCAGGCAAUGUGUUUUUUCAUCAGCUUGAUUUAACAGACCCUGCUAGUGCUUCUACUCUGGCCGAUUUUGUCAAAACCCAAUUCGGAAAGCUUGAUAUCUUGGUGAACAAUGCUGGUAUCAGUGGAGUCAUCUUUGAUCCUACCGUUCCAUUUGAUAUAGACCUUUCAGCUGAAGGAGUAAGUUUUCCGAUAAAACUUCAUUCUCAUAAGAUUUUGAGUUCCGGAAAAUUGAUUGUGUUACUGAUGCAGGGGACUACUGUGAGAAAUAUGAAAGAAAUUGCAACUCACACUUAUGAUUUAGCACAAGACUGCCUCAACACUAACUACUAUGGCACUAAAACAGUCACCGAAGCGCUUCUUCCGCUCCUCAAGUUAUCUGAUUCUCCGAAAAUCGUAAAUGUUUCCUCUAUCGCCGGCCUGUUGAAGUCCAUACCAAAUGAAGAGAUUAGAGCAGUAUUCAACAACAUUGAAAGCCUGACAGAGAAGAAAAUACAUCUUCUGCUUAGUGAUUUUCUCAAAGAUUUCAAAGAGGGUUCUUUAGAAACCAAAGGCUGGCCAACAUAUCUUUCUGCAUAUCAAAUGUCAAAAGCAGCAAUCAAUGCCUACACAAGGUUACUUGCCAAGAAUUACCCAGAAAUCUGCAUCAAUUGUAUUUGUCCUGGCAUUGUCAAAACAGAUAUGAACCGUGGAAGUGGCAUUUUAACUCGUGAAGAAGGCGGUGCGGGUCCUGUGAAGUUAGCGCAACUGCCUAAUGGAAGCCCUUCUGGCCUCUUCUUUGUCAACGGGAAAGUUUCAUCGUUUUGAAUGUGAAAAUGUUGAAGAUGGAAGUUUAGAAUAAUGAUUAAUGUACUAAUGCAGUCUCAGAAUUUGAGUAAUGUUCAAUUUACUUAGUUGAUUAUUCCAAAACUGCUCCAAAUUAGUCACGACUCUGAUCCUCGUAUGAGAUUCGAAGUUGAGACCAUGCAUUUGCAUGCAGUUGUAGCGGUUUGACCUAACACAUAAGAAAAUCCACUGUGUUGGAUCCUUUAUCCGGAAACCUCCACUGGGCU